GAGAAGGCAGUGUAUGACAGUCGGAGGAAGGCAGGCGCGCGCGCAAGUCGCCUUACAGUUGGUGCAUGCGUAUUGAAUCUUUGUGUAUGUUAUUGUGAAUAUACGUGUAUACUCUGUAAUAAUGAAACUCCAUUUUAAAAUAUUCGAUGUGGUACCGGCGCGGUUCAGUGUGGCGAUCAUGCUGUUCUUUGCCUGCUGGGUCAACUACAUGAUGCGGGUAAACAUGAGUGUCAACAUCAUUGCCAUGGUGCCCGAGGACGACAAAACUACAUCAGUGAAAAGCGAGUGCGAGGCCAUCGCUAACAGCGACAGCGCGACGGACAACGUCACAACACUGAUCACGAAACAACAUCUACGACAGCCUGAAGGCGUGGUUACAUUCAACUGGACGGCGCAGCAACAGGCGUACGUGCUGUCAGGUUACUUCUGGGGGUACGCGAUCACCUCUCUAGUGGGGGGCACAGCGGCGGAGCUGUGGGGACCUCGCAAUGUGGUCUUCAUCACAAUGCUGAUCAGCGCGGUCCUGACUACUCUGUCGCCGCAGGCCGCGAGGCUGCAUUAUCUGGUCCUGGUCGGUGCUCGCUUCAUCAUUGGUUUAUCAGCUGGUUUCCUGUUCCCCGCUCUACACGCGCUGGUAGCGCACUGGGCGCCGCCGGCUGAGAAGGGCAAGUUUGUAAGCGCUCUACUCGGCGGAGCCAUCGGUACUGUAGUCACCUGGUCCCUCACAGGGCCUCUCAUUGAGAACUUCGGCUGGGAUUUCGCCUUUUACAUACCUGGUUUCAUAGCGACGGUGUGGUGCGCCCUCUGGUGGUUCCUCGUGUACGACUCCCCAGUGCAGCAUCCCCGCAUCUCGGACAACGAGAAGCAGUACAUUCUAGAAGCGAUUGGCGACAAGGUCAACCAAAGUACUAAGGAAACUAGGGUGGUGCCGCCGUUCAAGAGUAUCCUGACCUCAUUCCCGUUCCUGGCGAUGGUGGUGCUGCACUACGGUAACAACUGGGGCCUAUACUUCGUGAUGACCGCCGCGCCUAAGUUCGUCUCGAGCGCGCUCGGCUUCAACCUGACGUCGACCGGCACGCUCUCCUCACUGCCGUAUCUAGCGAGGAUGAUAUUCUCAUUGAUCUUUGGAGCUAUCGGUGACAGAAUUGUCAAACAAAACGUAGUGUCAACAACAUUUAUGAGGAAGUUCUUCUGCCUAUUCUCCCACGUGCUGCCUGGUCUGUUGCUGAUCGGGCUCGGGUACACUGGCUGCGCUCCCAUCCUCUCUGUCGCUCUGAUCACCUUCUCCAUGGGCUCAAAUGGAGCCGCGACUCUCACUAACCUCGUCAACCAUCAGGACCUGGCGCCAAACUUCGCCGGCACAUUGUACGGUAUCGCUAACGGCAUCGGAAACACUGCGGGAUUUGUCACACCUUUGGUCACCGCACACUUCACUAAGAAUGGGAAUGGCUUUGCGGAAUGGCGGCCUGUAUUCUUCACGGGUGCAUCUCUGUACAUCGCAGCCGCAGUGUACUUCAUUCUGUUCGGGACGGGCGUCACUCAGACGUGGAAUUACGUCGCGCCCGCGGAAGAGGAAGAAGAAGACAAAAGACCAAGUGCUAAUUCAACGGAUACCACAGUCACUAUUGCUGUUAAGACAUAAGGUUCAGUGACAAUACGUUCAGUGCCACGAUUUUGAACGCCAGGCGAGCUUGUGGUAUUGAAAGUGUUACGAAUGUCUACUGAACAUACUAUAUGUGAGAUUCUGUCAACAGCUGUACAAAAAUAUUUGUGUCUAUAGUAGAUUCUUUUGUUCUUGUAAAGGUGUUACUACAGUGUAAUCUCACGGUUACUUUUUACGACUUAGAGCGGGCCCACAACUUUGUAAAAGUAUGGCACAACUAUUGUGAUAUUGUCAAUUGUUUCGCAGCCAAUUCAACUGUUCAGUUGUGCACACAUAUAAGCUCUUAGGAAUUAAUGCCAGACUAAACAGUUGUGCGAUAGUUUGGUUAAAGGUGUGCGCGCGCUCUAAAAAUACAUUUUAUAAACACGUACAAAUAACUAAUAUCUUUAAUUUAAUUUAAACAUGUAGCGAUAAUGUAAUAUGAAUGAAGAUGUAUCGAUGACAUAUCAUGAACAAUUUUUGUUACAUACUUAACCCUUAAAUGCAUGAUUUUUUAUUUAAUUAUAAAAUCAAUAUUUCAGUAUGGGCUUUGAGUCACAGAUUAAGGUAAAAAUAAUAAAAAAAAUUCAUGGUUUCAAUAAAAACUAUAAUUUUGUUUGUAGACUUUUGGCAACAAUAUGCAUUUAAGGGUUAAGUAUAGUAAGUAUAUAUAAAUUGCAAAAUGAAAAAAAAAGUUUGUGUAUUAGUGUAAUAUUGGUUUAUUUAGCUUAGUAUUUCAAGUGUUACGUCAAUGUAAUUGCACGGUUAGUUUUGGCUAAGAAUCACGUUGACGUUUGUAGAAAAAAUCAUACUCAGCCAAAUUCUUGCUUCUUGUAAACAUAAAAGAGAAUAUUUAAUAAGACUUUGAUUGAUGUGUGAUUGUUUUAUGAGUUUUCACUAUCGAAACAUUGGUACUAAACAUAUUGUCGUCUCUUUUCUUUUACUUAAAAAAGUGAGAUAAUAAUAUGUUUUGUCAAUUCGGUAGUGUAGACAGGUUAUAAGUUUGUAAUAAGAUUAAGUGUAUGGAGUAAUGAUUACUGACUAAUAAAUGGUCAUUUUUUCGUACUGUUUUUAAAACAUGCGAUUUUAUUAUUUUGUAGUAAAUAUUUGUUACAAUUUUAUUAUCCAACAUUUAUAUGACUGUGAUGACAUGAGUAAAUGAGUGAAAAUUA